CAGAGGUUUUUCCAACGGGAGCUUGGAAAAUGAAGGUCAGAGGCUGAGGGAGCCACAGCUGGAAGGGGCACCUGGAAUUCAGAGUCGGGGUCGGGAGGCGGCCGUGCCCGGAGCCGGGCCGGGAUAGAUGGACAAGCCAAGCAACUUCUGACUCCGCGGCUUUUCCGGGCUGAAAUUCCAUGGCAAUGUAUCCCACAAGGGUGUCUGGCGAGGAAUGCAACGGGCUGAACGCGCUGGCGGCCGACAGCGGCCCCGGCACGCGCCUGCGGAACCUGCCCGUGCUGCCCGACGCGCUGGACUCGGCGCAGGCGUCGGCGGCGCCCGCGCCCGGCCAGGCCCCGCCCGGCGUCGGCGCCAAUCCGCCGCCGCCGGAGACGUCCAACCCCAACAAGCCCAAGCGGCAAACGAACCAGCUGCAGUACCUGCUGAAGGUGGUGCUCAAAACCCUCUGGAAGCACCAGUUCGCCUGGCCCUUCCAGCAGCCCGUGGACGCCGUCAAGCUCAACCUCCCGGAUUAUUAUAAAAUAAUUAAAACUCCGAUGGAUAUGGGAACAAUAAAGAAACGCUUGGAAAACAAUUAUUACUGGAAUGCUCAAGAAUGUAUCCAGGAUUUCAACACCAUGUUUACAAACUGCUACAUCUACAACAAGCCAGGGGACGACAUCGUGUUGAUGGCGGAAGCUCUGGAGAAGCUUUUCCUGCAGAAAAUCUCGGAGAUGACGCAGGAGGAGACGGAAAUCGUCAUCGCCCAGACCAAGGGCCGGGGCCGCGCCCGCAAGGAGGCAGUGCCCUCCAAGCCGGGCUCCUCGGCGCUGCCGGCGGCCGCCCCGGCCUCGUCCCCGGUGCCGCUGCUGCCGGCUCCGGGCCUGGCUCCGCCCUUGGCCUUUCCCGGCGCCGCCGUGGGCUCGGAGCUGCCGGCGCCGCCCGCCGUGCCCGCGCCCGCCGCGCUGCCGCCGCACCCGCCCGUCAUCCCCACGCCCGCCCAGCCCGUCAAGACAAAGAAGGGGGUGAAGAGGAAAGCAGACACCACCACGCCCACUGCCAUGGACCCCAUCCACGACUCCUCCUCGCUGCCCGCCGAGCCCAAGGCCACCAAGCUGGGCCCGCGCCGCGAGAGCGGCCGGCCCGUCAAGCCCCCCAAGAAGGAGAUCCCGGACUCGCAGCAGCAUUCGGCGGAGAGCCGCGGCAGCAAGGCCUCGGAGCAGCUCAAGUACUGCGGCGGCAUCAUCAAGGAGAUGUUCGCCAAGAAGCACGCCGCCUACGCCUGGCCCUUCUACAAACCCGUGGACGUGGAGGCGCUGGGGCUGCACGACUACUGCGACAUCAUCAAGCACCCCAUGGACCUCAGCACCAUCAAGUCCAAGCUGGAGGGCCGGGAGUACCGGGACGCUCAGGAAUUCGCGGCCGACGUGCGGUUGAUGUUCUCCAACUGCUACAAGUACAACCCCGCCGACCACGAGGUGGUGGCCAUGGCCCGCAAGCUGCAGGACGUGUUCGAGAUGCGCUUCGCCAAGAUGCCGGACGAGCCGGAGGAGCCGGUGAUUCCCGCCUCGUCCCCGGUGGUGGUGCCGCCCCCCACCAAGGUGGCCCCGGCCUCGUCCAGCGACAGCAGCAGCGACAGCUCCUCCGACAGCGACAGCUCCUCCGACGACUCCGAGGAGGAGCGGGCGCAGCGCCUGGCCGAGCUCCAGGAGCAGCUCAAGGCCGUGCACGAGCAGCUGGCGGCGCUGUCCCAGCCCCAGCAGAACAAACCAAAGAAGAAGGAGAAGGACAAGAAGGAGAAGAAGAAGGAGAAGCACAAAAAGAAGGAGGAGCUGGAGGACGCCAAGAAGAGCAAAGCCAAGGAGCCGCCGCCCAAGAAGGCCAAGAAGAGCAACAGCAACAGCAGCGCCUCCAGCAAGAAGGAGCCGGCGGCGCCGGUGAAGCCCAGCAAAGCCGCGCCCGCCUACGAGUCGGAGGAGGAGGAGAAGUGCAAGCCGAUGUCGUACGAGGAGAAGCGGCAGCUGAGCCUGGACAUCAACAAACUGCCCGGGGAGAAGCUGGGCAGGGUCGUGCACAUCAUCCAGUCCCGGGAGCCGUCGCUCAAGAACUCCAACCCCGACGAGAUCGAGAUCGACUUCGAGACGCUGAAGCCGUCGACGCUGCGCGAGCUCGAGCGUUACGUCACUUCCUGCCUGCGCAAGAAGAGGAAACCCCCAGAGAAGCUCGACGUCCUGGCCGGCUCCUCCAAGCUCAAGGGCUUCUCCUCGUCGGAGUCGGAAUCCAGCAGCGAGUCGAGCUCCUCCGACAGCGACGAGUCGGACUCAGAAAUGGCGCCAAAAUUGAAGAAGAAAGGGCACUCGGGGCGGGAGCAGAAAAAGCACCACCACCACCAUCACCAAGCGGCGCCGGCGCCGCCGCAGCCCCCUCCGGCGCCGCCCCAGCCCGUCCCGCCGGCGCUGCAGCCGCCGCCGCCGCCCGUCCCGCAGCCCGCCGCGCCCCUCAAGGCGUCGCCGCCGCCGCCCUUCGUCCCCGCGCCGGUGCCGGUGCUGGAGCAUCCCCUGCCGGGCACCAUGUUCGACACCAUGGCCCAUUUCGGGCAGCCCAUCCUGCACCUGCCCCAGGCCGAGCUGGCCCCGGCGCACCUGGCGCCCGCCGCCGAGCACGGAACCCCUCCCCACCUCAACCAGCACGUGGUGUCUCCUCCAGCUUUGCACAACGCUCUGCCUCAGCAGCCCUCGAGGCCCAGCAACCGCGCGGCGGCGCUGCCCCCGAAGCCGCCGCAGCCGCCGCCGCAGCCGCUGCUCCCGCAGCCGCCGCUGCCGCAGCCGCCGCAGGUGCUGCUGGAGGACGAGGAGCCGCCGGUGCCGCCGCCGGUCACCAGCCAGAUGCAGCUGUACCUGCAGCAGCUGCAGAAAGUGCAGCCGCAGACUCCGCUUCUCCCUUCAGUGAAGGUCCAGUCGCAGCCGGCGCCGCAGCCGCAGCCGCCGCCGCCUCCCCCGGCGCUGCCGCCGCCGCCGGCGCAUCCCGCGGUGCAGCCGCUGCAGCCGCCGCCGCGCCCGCUGCACCUGCAGCCCCUGCCCUUCCCGACGCACCUGGCGCAGCCGCCGGCGCCGCCGCAGCCGCCGCCCCCGCAGCCGCCGCAGCCGGCGCAGCCGCAGCCGCAGCCGCAGCCGGCGCCGGCCAAGGCGCAGCAGGUCAUCCAGCACCACCCGUCACCGCGGCACCACAAGCCAGACCCCUACGGCACCGGUCACCUGCGGGAAGCCCCUUCCCCUCUCAUGAUGCCUUCCCCACAGAUGCCGCCGUUCCAGGGCCUCGUGCCUCAGUCGCCCCCUCAGCAAAACAUCCAGCCAAAAAAACAGGAAUUGCGAGCGGCCUCGGUGGUGCAGUCGCAGCCGCUGGGGGGGGGGAAGGAGGAGAAGCUGCACUCGCCCGUGAUCCGAACCGAGACCUUCAGCCCCCCCCUGCGCCAGGAGCCCCCCAAGGGCCACCCCGAGGGCAUCAAAGCGGCCCCGCACCUCCCCCAGCGGCCGGAGCUGAAGCCCCUGGAGGGGGGAGGACCCCGGCCCGUGAUCCGACCCCCGGAGCAGACCCCGCCCGCCCCGGACAAGGAGCGGCAGAAACCGGAGCCCAAAACCCCGGUGGCCCCCAAAAAGGACCUGAAGAUCAAGAACAUGGGCUCGUGGGCGUCGCUGGUGCAGAAGCACCCGGCGGCGCCGGCGGCCGCGGCCAAGUCCUCGAGCGACUCCUUCGAGCAGUUCAAGCGGGCGGCGCGCGAGAAGGAGGAGCGCGAGAAGGCCCUCAAGGCCCAGGCCGAGCAGGUGGAGCGCGAGAAGGAGCGGCUCAGGAGGGAGCAGGAGAGGAUGAGGUCCCGAGAAGAUGACGAGGCUCUGGAGCAGGCUCGCCGGGUGCACGAGGAGGUUCGGCGGCGCCAGGAGCAGCAGGCGCCGGCGCCGGGGCCGGGCUCGGUGUCGGUGUCGGUGCCGGUGCCGGGCUCGGUGGCCGUGCCGGGCUCGGGGCCGGUCCCGGCGGCUCCGGCGGCUCCGGCGGCGCCGGCGGCUCCGAGCUCGCAGUCCAUGCUGGACCAGCAGCGCGAGAUGGCCCGGAAGAGGGAGCAGGAGAGGAGGCGCCGGGAAGCGAUGGCGGCGACGAUCGACAUGAACUUCCAGAGCGACCUCCUGGCGAUUUUCGAGGAGAAUCUUUUCUAGGAGAGGCGAUUCCGGCCGG